AUGCCUAUCCGCCUUGCCCAUGCCUAUCCGCCUUGCCCAUGCCAUUCCUCAUUUGCUCAUGCCUUCCCCCCAUUGCUCACCUCCUCCCCUCCCUCACCCGCCGGCAGCUACGUUGACGGAGAGCCAACGGACGAUGUGCAGCGUUUCUUCAAGAGGAUGCACGCCACUGCUGCUGCUGCAGAGGCAGAGACGGGCAAGAUGCUUGACAAUAGCCUCGCUGCUCUAGGCCCUGUUGACGGCAUUGUUUUGGUGCAUGCAUUUGCCUCAUAG